GUGGCCGGACCCGGAAGUGGUUGUGCUGCUGGACGCGGUUGCAUGUUGGUUGGUGGAAGCGGUUCUCCAGCAGAGCGGAGACAUGUCCCUGAGCGCACUUAGGAGUGACUCGUACGUGGAGCUGAGCCAGUACCGGGAUCAGCACUUCCGGGUAAGGAGAGAGAGCCGGGCCGGGGCCGGGGGAGAGGGCGGCCUGCUCUGUUAUUAUUAUUAUUACCGGCAUGCAGUAUCUCACAGCAGCACUGUGCCCGCCGGGCGCCGUGUGCAGCAUGCCUUCAAUGUCUCCCCGCCCAUUCAAUGUAUUAUUUAAUAAGGGGGCUCUGUUUAUAAAAUAAACUCCUAAACUGCGAAUCACAUUGUAACACAGCCAGAAGAUAUUCACAUGGAUCGCUAUUGGUAAAUUAAUGAUAAUCGUUAUCAAUCUUACCUACAACGGCUGGCUGCCCGUGAUGGGAGUGCCCGUGAUACUCCUAUCAGUAAGAGCACUCAGUGUGCGUGCCCGGGUAUCACGGAUCCCAACAUGUAAUGUGUGACCGUGAUUGCUGUUAGCAUGUGCAGUCAGUGUCCGAUUUACCCUUUUCAAAUCUUUAAUAAAUGUGCAGAAUAUCCGCAUCUGUUAUCAGCCAGGAGCCCGUAAGGCAAACCGUAAUCAGUCUGAACAUUAGCUCUAAAAACACACUUCUUUCUAGCAGUGCAGCAUAUCUAUCACCUUGCUUCUGGAAAACUUUGCUGCCAUUUUUGAAUAAGGGAGCAGGCAGUUUUCUUUUCUAAUAGAUGCAAAUCCUGGCAAAUUAAGCUAGCUGAAGAUAUUGUCAUAGAGUAGAGACAUGGCUCUUAAUCAGAAUGCCUUACUAACUUUACAUUUUUGGUAUUGCUAUAGAUAGAGCAUUACUAGGCACUCUGACACAAAAAGAAAAAGAGCCCUGCCUGUGGAUUAACAUGUGCAGCACCUUUGCUGUACUGUGUAAGAAAGCUCAUCAGCAUACAAUAUAAAGGUAUAAUUUACACAGAUGUAAAAGAUGUAAAAGAUGUAUCAUGGGAAGUAUAUCUACUUUUCCUUCCACCCCGCCAAAGGCAUUCCAAUGAAAGCCAACAUGACUUCUGGGGGAGAGAUCUUCUGCAACAACCCCACAAGUGACAGUUCUGCUUUAACCCCUUAAGGACCAAACUUCUGGAAUGUCACACAUGUCAUGUGUCCUUAAAGGGUCAUAAUCGAAUGGACUCUCUGCUCUGAGAAAGUUAUAGAACCUCUAUGAUUUUAAAAACACACCAUGCCCCUUAACCACUACAGCAUACUGUUUUUUGGUGUCAGAUAUGCCCUGGCAUCCUCCCAUGGUAAGUACUCAAACUGUUUGCUUACAGUUUGACAACUUGCAUGGCGUGUGCUCGAUGCCAGUAACUACAUUCUCUGCAGUCUAAAAACAGCAGCGCUGAGCUGAAAAACACAGGGCAUUGUUCAUUGGCAGAGAACAAACAGCUAACUUUUUCAGCCAGUGAGCUUUAGCUUAGCUCGGGGCAGCUAAUAGGAGCUUCCAGGUUCCAGGAGAUGAUGUGACCAGUGGAUCCCAUGUUAGUUUUUCUGUUCUCAAAUGGCAUGAUUACUUAACCUGAGAAGACGCCAUGCAUUCCUGGCAUCAUAACCGCUAAAUCACACUAUGUGAUUAUGGUGCUUGAAGUGUUUCUUUGAGCCUACUCUUCAGAGUUGUCUGGCAACACUGUUAAAUUUGUCCAUGUUUCCUUGAAGUCACUGAAUGCAAAAAUCUGGCGCAAUGGUCUCUCCACCCAGUAGUAAUCUUAGCUGUGCACUGCAGCCCUGCUGAGGCUAAGCAUAGCCUUGUAGGGUAGUUCCAUUUAGCCUAUGUGAUGAAUGGAACUGCAUUUGGAAAUUAACCACAGUAGGAGUUUAAGGAAUAAGAUUGUUUUCCUGAGAAGGAGGGGGGGGGGGGGGGUCUAUCUACAGAUGCAGACUAAGCCAUAAUGUAUCUUUUACAGUUUAAAAAAAAAAAAGUUUUUAUUGUUUUUAAUGCAUUUUUAGCUCAAAGGUUCCAAUAAAAUAUAGUUUAUAUGGAAACUUUUUUAUUUUAUUCAACUGGGCAAUGUGAAUAAUAAAAUUGGAAAAAAUAUCCCAAACUGUAAAAUGAAAUUUGAAAUCCCCAUAUCAAUUAUCCAUAGUUCCUGGUUUAAUGAAUCAUCCUGAUCAAAUCCUAUGCGCUACACUCCUAAAUGAUAAAUAACCGAAAUGAAAACCGCAAGUUGUCAGCAGAAUAACUGCACUUCAAACCUUUCAUUAUACUGGCUUUGUGAAUUCUCCACAAUUCCUUGUUCAGGCACUGGUCUAUAGAUGUAUACAUGUUUUAAUUUGAGGUAUGUCUACUAAAUAGUGACUUUUAUUUGGGAAGUUGAGAGUCCCUUUAAAAUGUAAUUAAUAAAAAACGAUUUAACAGAAAAAUAAGUUUAAAUGAGUUAUGUUUGCUUUUUUUAUUUUUUUUAUUUCAGGGAAACAGAUCUGAUCAGGAGAAACUGUUAAAACAAAGUUGCACAUUAUAUGUGGGAAAUCUGUCCUUUUACACCACAGAAGAACAAAUCCAUGAACUAUUCAGCAAAAGUGGUGAUGUGAAGAAAAUUGUCAUGGGUCUUGAUAAAGUUAAGAAGACAGCCUGUGGAUUCUGUUUUGUGGAGUAUCCUUUGUAAAAUUAAGGUGUUUUACUAUUGUCUUAAAUGUAGUUGUAAUUCAGUCGUCGUUGGUGUUGUGGCACGCUCUACUUUAAGCUGUUAAAUAUUGACCGAAUAAGACAUGCGUAAGGGUAAGUUGUAGACUGGAUUCAGUAUCAGCUUGCACUGAAUCCCUUUGGUUGGCUUGGUUCAUCUUAACCUCCGAUUUUGUGAGAAGAUCACAAGUGCACUAGUGUAAUUUCUUUGCUAACCUUUUAAAUAUAUGGGAGCGUGAAGAUUUCACUGUUGUUAAGGCUGGCCUUGCAAGCGUGAGAAGUACCAACACAAUUAGUUCACCAGUUUUUGAACUAAGAUACAUUUUAAACAAAGGAAAUGUUUUUAAAUGUCUAGUUUGAUGUAACUAGAGUCACUGAGUACCUGGUACAGUUAUCAGAAAUCUGCAAUUGUAAAUGACCAAUUAUAAUUAGUAGAAUAGUCCUGAUUUGUGUAUGCUAAAACAAAUUGAGCAUAAGGCUGCAUAGUUUGUAUUGGGAGCGUAAUGCAUAUAAUUCUGUUAUGUGCUCUUGUGCAUAUUUUUCAUGGGAAGCCCCCUUACCCGCCAGAUAAGUGGCAGUGCACAACAGGAUUAUCCAGUGUCUUGACAGGAAAAGGUAGGCACACUAGAAAUUGAAAAGUUAAGCCCCUCUUAAUACUCCUCCUCGCAUGAUAUAAAAGCCCAAACGUGCACAGUAUAGCCCUGUUCUCUGCUUGCUUUGGAUAAGGUAGGUAGGCAGUCACAAUUUUAUUUUUAUGCCAGGAGCAAGAUAAUGCGGCAGAGGGCUCUGCUUUAGCAGGGAAGGCGAGCUCAGUGCCUGGUUCCUUCCACUAAAGCAUUGGAACACACACUGGACACCUGCGUUCCACAAUUUUAUCAGUUUCGCCGAGCUCCGUGCCAGAUGCUGUAAAGGGCAAAGGUGCAUCUGAUUAACAUGCUGGGAGUUACUGGCAGUGGAACGCACAUCCUGGUUGCAUUGCAUUCUACGGGGAGUUUGUGGUACGCUAUGCACAUGUGCAAAGUGAUCUUCAAUUUAAGGUGUGAAUUUCAAGUUUUCAGGACCUUGGAGAUUAUUUAUUGGUUGCAAAUAUCUGUUUGCCGGGUGCUCUCAGAUCUGUUGCAGUGUGCCAUUGCCAGCCCUUCCAGAGGUCAUUUAGGGUAAGACACUUUGCUUUUACCUUUGUGGUCUCUUUGCAGUUUUUCCCUUAGAUUUUCUUUUUUCUCUUUUUUUAGAAUGUCUAAUCUAGACACUUCAUAUGUCAGUCAAAAGGAAACCAUAUGUGAAAAUCAAUGCUUUUUUUGUUCUUCUUGCAACCAGCCUAUGGCAGUUGGAUGCAUAAAGAAAGUUUGUUGGACCUGUUCCAAUAAAUUUUCUGAGAAAACUAAAAAAGUUGAGGUAUCUUCAUUUUAUUGUGGUUCCAGAACAGUUUGCAACAAACCUAUUUGGAUAUUAGAUCGGCUGCCAUUCAAACAGCCCAGUCAGCUGUGCCUCCUGAGCCUGUAUUUAUAUGUACUUAUAAAGGCAAGAAAAGGAAACACAUGACUGACUCGUUAAUCCUCAGAAGAUUUGGCAGUCUCCUCAGACAAAGAAUAUUAUUUUCCAGUUGAGAGUCUGCAUAGACUUAUCAGGAAUCCAAGAAGGCACAAAUCAUUUGCUUUUCAUCCUAAAUUAAAGGAAUUAAUGCUGGAAUGGAAAUAUCCAUCCAAAAAAGCCAACAUUUUGGUGCGGCCUUGACUGUGUGGAAAAAAAACGCCGUUGCCGCAUUGAAGGAGCCCAUGGCAAUGGAUUUCCUGGGGUCUGGUCAGCGCUGCGUUGCUUUAAGAGCGCGACCGGGCCCCAGUGAUGAUGUCAGAGCUGGGAGGAAGCUGUCACUUCCUCCCACCCAACAGAGCGCCGCACAAGAGGAGAGGAGGAAGUCAGUGCGAGCUCUGCCUCCCAUCAGCAUGAGGCAGCCACUGGACCCCAGGGAAGUCACUAAAUAUUGUGUGUGAUAGAGAAUGUCUGUCUGUAUCAGUAUAUCUGGGUGUGUGCGUAUCUGUUUGUCUACAUGUGUGUCUGUAUGUGUAUCCGUUUGUCUGAAUGUAUGUCAUUAAGUGUAUCUGUGUAUGUGUGUCUGAAUGUCUCUGUGUAUCUGUUUUUCUGCACGUGUGCGCCCCUAUGUAUCUGUAUGUGUGUCACGGUUUAUAUCUGUAUGAGUGCCAUUCUGUGAAUGUGCAUGUGCCUGUGUAUCCGCAUGUGUGUCUGCGUUUGUAUCUGUAGAAGUGUCAUUCUGUGUGUCCGUGUAUGUAUCUGUAUGUGUUAUACAAAUGGGGGGGGUCCGAGGGCACUUUUCGCACCGGGGCCCUGUGGUUUCUAGUUACGCCUUUGCCUGAGGUCCAUUUGCUCACAUGAAGGAGGUUUGCCCUGUUCAGGAAGAGCUCCAAAGCAAGGCAAAUCAACAAAGAGCAAAGGAGGAAUGUUUUAUUUAAUUUAAUUAAAAUUGCUGCAGAUUACUUGGUUAGCUGUUCGCGUGUGUCAUUACCUUCCAGAAUGACAGCUCGCCUUUAAUUUCAUUGCAGGUAUUUUAAAGGGGCUCCUCUCUGUGCCAGCAAGUUAUAUAGCUUGAAAUAACGAAAUUUCAGAUGCAGUAUCGUAUAAGCACAGUAUGAUUGUUCCUUAACUUUACUCCAAGAUACUACACAAGGGCAGAUUCUGAGAAUGCAAUGAGGUAUAUCAAUGGUACACGAUUGGAUGAUCGAAUCAUUAGGACAGACUGGGAUGCAGGUUUUAAGGAAGGAAGACAGUAUGGACGAGGAAAAUCUGGUGGCCAAGUAAGACAUGAACAAUGUUGUUUUAUUUUAAAAUUGUUUACCUUCCAUGAUUAGUGAUGCAUCAUGGGAGUCUACUGGCUUAGUCAGACAUUCUAUUUAAUUUACUAUAUUGUUUAACUAUAUUUAGUAAUAUGAUCUACAUAUUGUAGUGUGAUGUGAAUGACAACAGGUCUGGAGGGUACAGAAGGGUGGAGAAAGAAUGUAUGGUGUGGUAUGAAAUGACAAGAGUUAUAAUUAUGAAUGAGAUAAUUGAAUUGUGUGGUCUGCCAAUAAACCAGAUGCUAUAGUGUAACAAAUGGUAUUUGAAAGAUUAUGAGCCUGUUCUACUUUUUGCAUUAGAUGUCACUUAAGGUAACAACUAUAGAUGUCCCCUAAGACAGGGCUCAACAAAUCCCAGGCGCCAUGGCGACUAAAAAUUUCGCCCUGGGAUGUGCCAGCUCUCUAAUUAGUGUGGCCACGGCCGUCACAGGGAAUAUUGCAGGCGGCCGCCCACGGGAGCAUGAAGGUAGGCGGCCGCCCACGGGAGCAUGAAGGUAGGCGGCCGCCCACGGGAGCAUGAAGGUAGGCGGCCGCCCACGGGAGCAUGAAGGUAGGCGGCCGCCCGCGGUAGCAUUGUGGACAGCGCACGAGGGAGCAGUACUCUGCAGCUCCUCUCUGCUCCCUCGCGCUGUGUAAUGAUGCCGGGAGGCGGAAUAUGACGUCAUUCCGGUCCCGGCAUCAUUACAGAGUGCGAGGGAGCAGAGAGGAGCUACAAGCAGACCCCAGGAAAUACCCUCUCAGCUCUCCCGAAGGUAGGGAGGCUGAGUGGGUUUCAAUUCAAACAAAAAUGCGCGUGUGUGAGAGAGCCUGUCAGAGUGUGUGCGUGCGUGUGCGCCUGUCAGAGUGUGUGCGCCUGUCAGUGUGCGUGUGCGUGUGCGCCUGUAAGUGUGUCUUUUUGUGUGUGUGUGUGUGUGAGCCUGUCAAUGUCUGUAUGUAUGUAUGUGUGUGCAAGCCUCUCAGAAUGUGUGUCUGUCAAGAAUUUGUGCGUGCAAGCCUGUUGUCAGCGUGAGUGUGUAUGUGAGCCUGUCAGUGUGUUUGUGCGCGUUUAGGUACCUUGCCCCCUCCGAUAGUUUUUACUCACCUUUUUUCCCCAUUUUCUCAUGCCGUGCCAGUUUCCUCAUGAUCUUUAUGAUCUCAGCUAAGCAUCCUAAGGGAUGUGUGCGUGCGUGUGCGCCUGUCAGAGUGUGUGCGUGCGCCUGUCAGAGUGCGCGCGCGCCUGUCAGAGUGUGCGUGCGUGUGCGCCUGUCAGAGUGUGCGCGUGCCUGUCAGAGUGUGCGCGUGCCUGUCAGAGUGUGCGUGUGUGUGCGUGCGCCUGCCUGUCAGAAUGUGCGCGUGCCUGUCAGAGUGUGCGUGUGUGUGCGUGUGUGUGUGCGCGCGUGCCUGUCAGAGUGUGCGCGCGCGCGCCUGUCAGUGUGUGUGUGUGAGCGCGUGUGUGUGUGUGUGUGUGUGUGUGUGUGUGUGUGUGUGAGCCUGUCAAUGUAUGUAUGUAUGUGUGUGCAAGCCUCUCAGAAUGUGUGUCUGUCAAGAAUUUGUGCGUGCAAGCCUGUUGUCAGCGUGAGUGUGUAUGUGAGCCUGUCAGUGUGUUUGUGCGCGUUUAGGUACCUUGCCCCCUCCGAUAGUUUUUACUCACCUUUUUUCCCCAUUUUCUCACGCCGUGCCAGUUUCCUCAUGAUCUUUAUGAUCUCAGCUAAGCAUCCUAAGGGAAAGCAUUGGGAGGAUUUUGUGCAUGCGCAGCAAAUGUACCAAUCCAUAUCUCCUCAUAGAGAUGCAUUAAAUUAAUGAAUCUCUACGAGGAACAUUCAGCACCUCCAUGCAGAGCUUGGAGAGACUGAACCUGGGUGCUGCAUGUGGUGCAGCAGUGACCCAGAACUCUCCAGUGACUGUCUGGGUGACGGUCACUAGAGGUGUUGCUAAGCAGCAAUGUAAAUUUAGCCUUUUCGUAGAAAAGGCAGUGUUUACACUAAAAUGCCUGCAGGGACAGGCUAUAGACACCAGAACAACUACAUCAAGCUGUAGUGGUUCUGGUGACUAUAGUGUCCCUUUAAGAAUUGCAUUUUCUUGUGGAAAAUGACUGGCUCCUAACUUGUUUAGCUGGCUCCUAGAUUCCAAACACAUUUGUCAAGCCCUGACCUAAGGUAACAACUAUAAGAUUGCAACAUUAUAAUGGUGAACCGCAGUUUAAAUUGUUUUCUCUAUGCAUUGUAUAAUAUGUAAUAUCUUUAAUUAUUUUUCUCUAUUUUAAGGUAAGAGAUGAGUAUCGCAAAGAUUAUGACGCUGGAAGAGGAGGUUAUGGAAAAGUUGUCCAAACAUUCUGAAGAAUCUCAUCAUGGCUUUUGAAAGCAGAUAUUGUUUUUGAAGGUCUACUGAAGGGAAAUAUAACCUACCUGAAUACCUAGCACAUAAUAGCCUGAUUGGGGGGAGGGGCAGGGGGAGGGGCAGGGGGAGGGAGUGGGUCAUCAAAUUAUUUUCACUGGAAUAUUAUUUUUUUUAAAGCAAGUCUCAGGCUUGUUCAAGAAUAACAUUUUGUUACCAGUUUUCAUGAACCAGUGCAAGCCAAAAUUUUAUGUUUGCAAGUUGACUGUCAAGCAAAAUGGGAUACAAGAAGGAUUACUUGGAAAUGUGCAUGGAUUAUCAAUGUAAAUAUAGGAGGGAAUCCAAAGUUGGGGCCUAGACUUCUCUUUUGGAAUUAUUUAGUAAUUGGGAAUUUUAUGUUAUAUGGAACUUAUUUUUUUUUUUUAAUCUAUGUACUGAUAAAUAUGGCUCAAACAGUACUGUUACGAUAUAUUCAAAUGUAUUUUUUCGGCUCCCGUCUUUUAGAAUAAAAUAUAAAACAUG